AUGAACGACACCACGUCAACAUACAGAUUGCUUGAUAGUGGCCACAGCAGGAAGCUGGAGCAAGUCGGUCCCUAUCGCCUAGUGCGUCCAGCCUCACACGCCAUAUGGCCCCCUUCACAUCCCGUUGGAUUUUGGGAAACGGCGGAAGCGUGUUACCAACGCGGUCCAUCCGGGUCGGGUAGCUGGCACCGCAAGCGACACGACUUGCCCGCCAUGUGGACGUUGACUUAUUGCGGACUGUCUUUGCGCGUCAAAUUGACCGAUUUUGGCCACUUGGGCUUCUUCGCCGAGCACGGGCCACACUGGCAGUGGUUGCGGGAGCAGAUCGCCGUUGCGGGGCGACCGGUGAGGGUUCUCAAUGCCUUUGCAUACACAGGAAGCAGCACGCUUGCUGCCGCUGCCGAAGGUGCUCAGGUGGUGCAUUUGGAUGCUGCCGAGGGCAUUGUGGCGUGGGCGCGGGAGAAUGCCCAGCUCGCCGGGCUGGCCGAUGCCCCCAUCCGUUGGGUCGUCGAAGACGUCACCAAAUUUCUCAGCCGUGAAGUGCGCCGCGGCAAUCGGUACGAUGCAAUCGUACUCGAUCCGCCCUCCUUUGGGAGAGGCCCCAAGGGAGAGGUAUGGAAACUCACCCACGACCUGCCACCGCUGCUCGACUUAUGUCGACAGAUACUCAGCGACUCACCGUUGGCGGUCGUGCUGAGCACCCACACCCCCGGCAUUACGCCGUUAGUCUUGGAAAACAUGCUGGCUGGCGUAGUAGGUUUGGAGCGAAGUCAGCUAUGCAGCAUGGAGAUGUUGAUUCCACAGUGUGGCAGCCCUCACGGAUUACCCAGCGGGGCUUUGAACUUGGUGAAGCUCCGUCAGUACAGAGAGCGCGCAAAGCAGGGAACGCUACUCAUCGACGGUGCCCGUGCGCUACGCAUGGCUCUCAGCAAUGGCUUUCCCAUUUCGGCGGUUUAUUUCUCGCAAGCCGUGGCAGAUAAACAGGUCGUCCUCCUCCAGAAAGUGCAAGAUGCUGGUGGCCAUUUGCAGCCGGUCACCCCUGCGGUGUUCAGAAAAAUAGGCUACGGCGAGCACCCGGAUGGGCUGCUCGGCGUCGCUCCCUGUCCGUACGUCACCCUUGCCGACCUUCCCAUAACCAGCAAACCCUUAUACCUUGUGGCCGAGGGACUGGAAAAGCCCGGCAACCUGGGCGCCAUGCUACGGUCUGCUGAUGCUGCGAGAGUCACGGCCCUCGUGCUUUGUGACGGACGCACAGAUCUCUGGAACCCUAAUGUCAUUCGCGCCAGUCAAGGGGCGUGUUUUGCAGUACCCGUUGCGGUGGCAACCGCUAAGGACGCUUUGCUGUGGUUACGCCGUGGCGCGGUCCAAAUCAUUGCCGCUGCGCCGCUGGCGCCUCGGUCGUACUAUGCAAUUGAUCUGCGACUACCAAGCGCACUGGUGUUGGGAGCCGAACAUGAUGGGCUGACAUCCGUGUGGCGCAGCGAAACCCGCGUGUGUAUCCCGAUGGCAGGCCAAUUGGACUCCUUAAACGUUGCGCAGACAGCCUCCAUUUUGUUGUUUGAGGCGGUGAGACAGCGAGUUAACAGCGCCCUAGAUCGCCCAGCGACUUGA